AUGAACUCUUUACAGUCUAUCAAAGCCAAUGUGGUUUGCCUCUAUUAUUUCCCAUUAGAUCUCCGAAUAAACCAGGGACGUCUAAUCGCAAGUUCAAAUCAGCACAACAGAAUAAUAACAAGAAUGGGAUUAUGUGGAAACAAUAAUCCUAAAUGGAAACGUGAAAUUGUAUCGGGCCACAGAUUUGAAAAUAUCGAUUUGGAUGUCUUUCACGAUCCAUCCUGUACUUCUCGAUUUGGAUACAUAUUUGUCUUUAUAACUGCAAUAAAGUCUGUUUGUGUCUGCUUGGCAGAUCUAUACACUGCGGUCUCACUCUUGGUUAUCGGACAGACAACAGUGACACCUGCUAUCCCAACCGAAUACUCCAAAUGGAUUUUCUUUGCUUGUAUUAUGGUGUCAUACUUACUUAUUGUUUGGGAUUUAAUCAAAGCUCGUUAUAUCCUUAAAACAGACAAUAUCUCUUGUUCAUUUACAUCCGUCAUAGUAAAUAAGUACCUGUCCAUGAAGGAUUAUCGUUAUCAUUGUCUAUUCAAAUCCAUCAACAGUAGCACUAAAGGUAUUGACGGCUACGCAUUUUUUGUCUUUUUCACAUUAAAAGGUUGGAAGCGUCUUUUACUUGCUGAAGCACCUCGCCAAGUCAUUAAUGUUGUGACUCUCGAAGCAUUGGCUCCAGCAUGGUUGCGGAUUAUUCACGGCACCAUAGUUUUAAAUAAUGAAGCUUUGGGAGACGAUGUUAAACAACAAAUUCUGACAGGAACGAUGGCAUUUUCAGUUCUAGUGUUUGCUGUCUCUUUUUUGCUUGUGUGCGCUGCAGCCAUCUUAUAUAUUCCAUUGUUCUGUCAUAUUCGAGGAAAUCUGAAAGAAUACUGCUGUCACAAGGUUGAUAAAAGAAUUGCCGAAAUUCUUCGUAAACAAGCGUCUAAAAGUAGAAAGGUACACUAUAGAACAGAACAAUCAGACGAACGGCUUUAUUGUAAUUAUCAGCCUGCAUCCAAUUACGGAUUUAUAGACCCUCAUUCAUCGUCGUCUGAACUGGUGGAGAAACCAGUUUAUGCAAGUGAUUUAUCACCAUCGAUCUCCGAUCGCCGCCAUCUCUUGGCAAGGGAUGACCAAAACUACUUCGUCGAUGAUCACAAGGAUUCACAUUCAAUAGAAGGACUCCCCAUUCUUCAGCACUACCAAUCCAGACAAACCCCACAACAGCUUCCAUAUCUCAACCAAAUCCAACCAUAUUAUACUAACUCACAACAUAACGUCGGAAGCCCCACUCCAUCUAAUUAUGUGAAUGAGCAACGGUUUCCAUACACAAAAUUUCCCCAAGGCUAUUGA